AUGGAGGCUUAUGGAGGAUUCUUGGUGGACGAGAAGGCGGUGAGGGUCGAGAACAUCUUCUUGGACUUUCUCAAGAGUUUCAGGAUCUCAGGAGGUGGAGGAGACGCGUAUUACGAGGCCGAGAUAGAAGCCAUGAGCGCCAACGAGUCCAGCACCAUGUUCAUCGACUUCUCUCACGUCAUGGUCUUCAACAAUCUCCUCCAGAAGGCCAUUUCCGAUGAGUUCCUCAGGUUUGAGCCUUAUUUGAAGAAUGCUUGCAAGAGAUUUGUGACGGAGCUCCGCCCCCACUUCGUUGCUGACGAUACUAACAAGGACACCAUCAAUGUGGCCUUCUUCAACCUCCCCGUCUCGAAAAGGUUGAGGGAAUUGACUACAGCAGAAAUUGGGAAAUUGGUGUCGGUGAAAGGAGUGGUGACUCGGACCAGUGAGGUUCGACCGGAGCUUCUCCACGGGACUUUCAAGUGCUUGGAGUGCGGAGGCGUCAUCAAGAAUGUUGAACAGCAAUUCAAGUACACUGAGCCAACAAUCUGUGUCAAUGCCACAUGCGCCAAUAGAGCAAGGUGGGCAUUACUUCGGCAAGAGAGCAAAUUUGCAGAUUGGCAGAGGGUACGAAUGCAGGAGACUUCCAAAGAGAUACCUGCGGGCUCCCUUCCCAGAUCGCUGGAUGUCAUAAUCCGCCACGAGAUUGUUGAGAAGGCAAGGGCCGGUGACACUGUCAUUUUCACGGGUACAGUUGUCGUGAUACCAGACAUAUUGGCAUUGGCCGCCCCUGGAGACAGAGCAGAGUGUUCUCGACAAGCAUCCCAGCGCAAUGGUUCUAUGGCUGCACAUGAAGGAGUGAGGGGCCUUCGAGCAUUGGGAGUGAGAGAUCUCUCCUAUCGCCUUGCCUUUAUUGCUAAUUCAGUUCAGAUUUCUGAUGGUAGACAGGAUACCGAUGUUCGGAAUAGAAAGAAGGAUGGUGAAGACGAUGACAACCAGCAGUUCACUGCAGAAGAGCGAGAUGAAGUUCAAAGAAUGAGGAGUACCCCCGAUUUCUUCAAUAAGCUUGUUGAUAGCAUUGCCCCAACUGUUUUUGGCCAUCAAGAUAUCAAGCGAGCAAUCCUGCUUAUGCUUCUGGGUGGUGUCCACAAGUUUACUCAUGAAGGUAUCAACUUGAGAGGAGAUAUCAAUGUUUGUAUAGUUGGAGACCCCAGUUGUGCAAAAUCUCAGUUCCUCAAGUAUGCGGCAGGAAUAGUUCCAAGAUCUGUUUACACAUCUGGGAAAUCCUCCUCUGCUGCUGGUUUAACUGCUACUGUUGCCAAAGAACCAGAAACUGGAGAAUUUUGUAUUGAGGCUGGUGCACUAAUGCUUGCUGACAAUGGCAUUUGUUGCAUUGAUGAAUUUGACAAAAUGGACAUCAGGGAUCAGGUUGCGAUUCAUGAGGCCAUGGAACAACAGACAAUAAGCAUUACAAAAGCAGGAAUACAGGCAACACUGAAUGCUCGAACAUCAAUCCUUGCUGCCGCCAACCCCACAGGGGGCCGUUAUGAUAGAUCUAAACCCCUCAAGUAUAAUGUGGCUCUUCCUCCUCCUAUUCUCUCAAGGUUUGAUCUGGUAUAUGUUAUGAUCGAUGACCCAGAUGAUCAAACUGAUUAUCACAUUGCCCACCACAUUGUAAGAGUACAUCAAAAGCGGGAAGAGGCGCUUACUCCUGAAUUCAGUACUGCACAGCUGAAACGCUAUAUUGCAUAUGCUAAGACUCUGAAACCAAAGUUAGACUCAGAUGCUAGAAAGCUGUUGGUAGACUCUUAUGUGGCUCUCAGAAGAGGUGAUACUGCUCCUGGUAGUAGAGUUGCUUAUCGCAUGACAGUUAGGCAACUAGAGGCCCUGAUUAGACUGUCAGAGGCCAUUGCUCGAUGUCAUCUGGAUGCUCAGGUAAAACCACCCCAUGUACGUUUAGCAGUGCGAUUGCUGAAAACGUCAGUAAUCAGUGUGGAGUCUAGCGAAAUUGAUCUAUCGGAGUUUGAAGAAACUCAUGACAAUAUGGAGGGUGAUGAUAAUCGAAAUAAUGGUACUGCUCCAGGUGAUGACAAUGGAAAUAAUGGUACUGAUCCAGGUGAUGACAAUGGAAAUAAUGGUACUGAUCCAGGUGAUGAUCAAACAAGGAAAGCCAAAGCUGAGCCAGCUUCUGGGGAUGCUGAAGAUGGAUCAGCUCCUGCAAAACAACAAGGAAAGAUCACAAUGAGUCAUGAAUACUUUGAGAGGGUUACCCAGGCCCUUGUCAUGCGUCUUAGACAGCACGAAGAAGAUGUUAUACGAAGUGGGACAGGGCUGGCUGGAAUGAGGCAGAGGGACUUGAUUCAAUGGUAUGUGAGUCAGCAGAAUGAGAAAAAUGCAUACACUUCCGAGGAGGAGGCACGUCUUGAAGCAUCCAAAAUCAAAGCGAUCAUAGAGAGUUUGAUAAGAAGAGAAGGAUAUUUGAUAGUAGUAGAUGACGGAGGGCAAGCAGCAGAAGGCGAAGGCGAAGACGCAGGGCAGCCAUCAAUAUCUAGAAAUAUAAGAAAUUCAAGAAUAUUGGCUGUGGCUCCCAACUACGUCGUAGAUUAA